AUGCCACCUCCGCUCAAUCGGGGAGUAAUCGAGAAGUUGCUAACAUAUCCAGUUGCGUCUGAGAUGAAACUCACCAACCUGACCACAACAGGGCUUCGCGGGGCCGCGUUCGCGAUCUCGCAGUGCACGCGGUUCUCUGGUGCACCGGGCCAGGGUAACUGCACGAACUCGGAAUUUCAGAUCAAAAAUGUGGAGAUUGACGGGCUGUCUGGCACCAGCGAGUCCACGAGGUUGGCGAGCCUCCAGUGCAGUGCCGUGGCGCCGUGUACCAACAUCACCAUCGUUGACAGCACCCUGCACCUCGACAAUGGCACCGCUGCGAGUGAGUACUUGUGUGGGAACGUCGCAAAUCCGACUGGGUUCAACUGUACUGGAGUGCCUUGUGUGGGUGGAAGCGCCACUGGGGAGUGCUGA